AUAUAAAUCAGUGAUGAAGAGGCAACAUAUGAAGUAAGAUUCUAAUAAAAUGUUGUCAGUGAAGUGAUGUGGACUUAUUCUUAAAAAACCAACCAGAAAAUUAAUUAUAUAAUUAUACAUUACAAAGGCAACGUUUGAAUGAAAAAUAAAUAAAUAUAGUCACAGUCUAAUACUUUAAUAUUGAAAUUACAAAGAAAUGAACUCAAAAAUAUUCAUUGGCCUACUGGCGCUUUCAAUUCUCUUAGCUGCUACUCCCCCCAGCAAUGGCGCCAGAAUACUCGCGGUUUACUCGUUUCCCGGCAAAAGUCACUUCAUGAUGCAUCGAGCUCUAAUAAGCGAGUUGAUUAAGAAUGGACAUCAGGUGACCAUGAUUACCGCAUACACGAUGGCAUCACUCAACCUGGGCAGUAAUUACACUGAGAUAUUAAUUGAACCGGUUUAUGAUUUUUGGAAGGAUAUUAAAGAGGAUGCUGGCGCUAAGAAUAUAUUCGAGUUGACCACAAUGGAUGUACCUGCCUUCUUUCAGAUGCUGCAAGUUUUGGGUAUGGCCACGACUGAGCAUGCGCUCAAGCAACCCAAAGUUCAAGCGAUUAUCAAUGCGAAACAAACAGAAGGUGUCUACGAUUUGCUGCUGGUCGAACAAUUCUACCAGGAAGCCUUCCUUGCACUCAGCUAUAUCUAUAAAAUUCCUAUUGUAAGUACCAGCACAUUGGGCUAUGAAAAUCAUAUGAGUCAGAUGGUUGGCAUUAUAACACCCUGGUCAUAUGUGCCACAUGGUUUUCUACCCUAUACCGAUCGCAUGAGUUUUUGGGAGCGUGCGAAAAAUGCUUAUUACUCACUCUAUGAAGAUUUGCAUCGUGAGUACAAAUAUUUCCCACUGAUGGAUGAGUUGGUGACAAAAUAUUUCGGACAUUUGGGAAUUGAUGUUCCCAAGGUAAGCGCCAUGGAAAAGAGACUAUCGGCAAUCUUGCUGAAUAGUUAUGCGCCAUUGACCAGUGCACGCCCCACCAUUGACGCCUUGGUGCCAGUAGGUGGCAUGCAUAUUUAUCCACCCGAAAAAUUGCCUGCUGAUAUGCAGAAAUUUCUAGAUGAAGCCGAGCAUGGCGCUAUUUACUUCAGCUUGGGCAGUAAUGUGGAGAGUAAGGAUAUGCCAGAUGCCUAUUUGAAAAUCUUUCUCGAUGUAUUUCGCAGCAUGAAGCAACGGGUCUUGUGGAAAUUCGAAAAUGAGAGCGUUGUAAAUUUGCCACCAAAUGUUAUGGUGAAGAAGUGGAUGCCACAAAGUGAUAUACUAGCACACCCUAAUGUGCGCGUGUUUAUUACGCAUGGCGGUUUGUUUGGCACACAAGAAGGUGUGCACUAUGGAGUGCCUAUGCUUGGUAUGCCUUUCUAUUGUGAUCAGCACCUGAAUUUGAAGAAAGCCGCACUGCAAGGUUAUGCCAUCAACCUGCACUUCCAGUCAAUUACCUUUGAUGUGUUGAAAAAUGCGCUUACCGAGUUGUUGAAUAAUCCCAGUUAUCGCGAUAAUAUCAAACGCUUCUCGCAUAUUUUCCAUGAUCGUCCACUGCAGGCGCGUGAGACGGCCAUGUUUUGGAUUGAUUAUGUGGUGCGGCAUAAAGGUGCUGCCCAUUUGCGUGCUGCUGGUCUCGACUUGAAGUGGUACCAAUUCUACUUGUUGGAUGUAUUUGCUUUUGCUGUCGGAGUUAUUUUUUUGCUUCUGCUGUUGGUUGUCUGUAUGUUGCGUUUUGCUUUGCGCCGAUUUGGCAAUGGUAAUAAACAGAAACAGAAAAAAUUGUAAUCAUAUUUUGAUUUCGAAAAUAAUUGUAAAUAAAAAUCAGAUUUUUAUUAUGCCUUU